AUGACCACGUCCACCUCAGCAGCACCGCAGCCAACCUUCUCAUCAAACUACCCCCCUACCCAAGGAACCGCGGAUCUAGAACCUUUGCUGAAGAUCAAUGGAGGAAAAUGGACGUUGAUUGAAAGUGGGAAGGGUAUUGAGAGAUGUUUUAAGUUUAAGACUUUUAAGAAGACUUGGGAGUUCAUGAAUCUCAUAGCCGCCGAGUGUGCUGUGCAGAAACAUCAUCCCGAAUGGUCUAAUGUCUACAACACGACAUUCAUCCGGUGGACGACCCACUCUCCACCGGGCCUAUCAGAGAAAGACGUGUUGAUGGCCCGGUUCUGUGAUGGGAAGGCGGGAGAGUGUGACGAGGUUGUGGUUGAGGAUGAUGGUCGCGGAGAUGUAGGGAGAGAUCUGGUGGAUAGAGUUGCGGUUGAGGGCGGAGACUGUUGUGAUCCGAAGAAGAAGAGCUCGUGA